AUGGGAACAAUAGAGGAUCUCGUCAGAUUUGAUAUUUUGUCUACUCAGCCGUUAUCCGUAACACCCGAAAUAUGUCCGUACCACGAGAGUCAAGGAUUUCAAGAUCAAGUCACGAUAGCUUACCAUCGACUUAGGAGAGCUAGAAGUAUUGGAAAUCGGAUUAGCAGCCUUACUCAUGCGUAUUAUUUGGGAGCAAGGAUUCAGACACUUACCUCAGCAGAAAGACCUGUCAUACGAAGCAUUUUGACCGCGUAUUACCUUAAAGCCGCAAUCCGGACCUAUUAUCUUUUCGAACUACAUGGAGUCGCACAGAUUUAUCGGACGAUAUAUACGACUCUUUCGAUGAUUGUCAAGCUUACGAAGUACGAAUUUAAUCGACUCAUUAUGGAAGAACCCGUGGAAC